GACUGCGCAUGCGCAGGAAGGAAACUAGUGCUGCUGAGGUUGGUUUCAUGGUAUGUGUAUUUGAUUCAGUGAGAGAGAGAGCGCAAGAAAUAGAGUUUACGAUUCACGCGUUGGGCCCCGGCCGCGGAACAGCCUUCGUCAACCAUCUGAAUCUGUAAGAGGAAGGCAAGAGCGAAACGCCUGUAAUGACAGCAGUGUCAAGAUAGCUGAAUUCAGCGAGAAAGCACAACAGAAGCAUAGCGCAGCUGAUAUCAACAAGACAGACAGAAAGGAUAUCCAGUCGGACUAAAAGUGGUUGGGUUGAUCAGAAAGCGUGUAGCGUGGAAAAUUGCUGUAAACUAGAAAAGACAUGGCGGAUGCUGACUUGGACUUUACAACAGGCGAUGCUGGGGCCUCCGCUACCUACCCCAUGCAGUGUUCUGCCCUGCGCAAGAAUGGUUUUGUGGUGCUAAAAGGUCGACCAUGCAAGAUUGUGGAGAUGUCCACUUCUAAAACCGGCAAACACGGACACGCCAAGGUUCACAUGGUGGGCAUUGACAUCUUCUCUGGCAAAAAGUAUGAGGAUAUCUGUCCCUCAACCCACAAUAUGGAUGUCCCCAACAUCAAAAGAAUGGACUACCAGCUUAUUGGCAUACAGGAUGGCUACCUGUCUCUGCUCCAGGACAGCGGUGAGGUCAGAGAAGACCUGAAAAUGCCAGAGGGAGACCUGGGUAAAGAGAUAGAGGGCAAGUUUGAUGCUGGUGAAGAAAUCCUAAUUACUGUCCUGUCCGCUAUGAAUGAAGAGUCUGCAGUAGCCAUUAAAGCCAUGGCUAAAUAAAACAGCAGGGGUUGACAAGAUGCACUGGACCUGGAUAGGAGAGAAUUAGACCUCAGCAAUCCUAUCAUUCUUUUUUCUUAUUUUCAUUCUCUUAUCUUUCCCUCGCUCUGUAUUUUAUAGCCCAUCUUGGGGUUAAAAACAAGGAAAUUUAAUAAGUCCUCCCAAACAAAAUUCUCUAUAAAUAAAAAGGUACACAAAGCAACACCAAGUGGAAUGUAUAAACAAUUAGAAGAGUAUGUUUUGGGCAAAACCACUGUAGUGGUGGAUUACCAUCCCAGGUAAUCUUUUUUUGUUAUUACUUGGUCUCUUGAUUUGCAGUUUACAAUUUUUGUUCCACUUUUUAAAAAAUCAGGAUAACUGCCCUUUGUAUAUUCUAAAUCACAAUACUAAAUAGAUAUAAUAGGUCAUUUAUGUUGGAAUUUUAUUUAUGAGCAACUAUGGUGUAAAAGGGAGGGAAACACUUGAGUGCAGAUUCUCCUGUGAAGGGCAGAUACAAAGGCCAUGACAUGAAUAAUAGGUUAUAGUUGGGUGUCUUCACUACAGGACCAAACUCUCAGCUUACCUUCCCCUUUAUCCUCCAGUAAUUUAAAGCAAAAUAACCUUAGACCGAGGUAACUAUCACAUGAGCAUCUAUGGAUGGAUACAGGAACACUACUUUAACACUUUUAGCCUUCCAUCACCCCUCCCUUCCAACAUAAAAAGUAUAGAAACAGAUUCAUGACACAGGGGAAAUCAGCAUCACCGUUUACAACAAUUUCACAAGUAUUUGCUUUCCGAUUAUGCUGUGAAAUGGAAGGAGAUGCCAUAAGCCUUAGAUCUCUUGAUGAAAUGUAAGAACACAAACUUCUGCCGCCAUUGUACUGAAGUCUUGGCCUGAACUGGCCUAUAGUGGUUUGUUUAAUGCUUGCUGUAUGUUUGAAAGAAACAAGGAAAUAUGCCAGUAUUAUUUAUUUAAAAGUUGUAGGUUGGCUGAAAUUUGGAUCCCCUAAAAAUGUAUUAUGUCUUAUGCAGGCCAUCAUUACAGGUUUGUUAUAGACUGUCAUGCUCAUUACUCUUGCCUUGACAAUAGUAUGAGUAAUGUUAUAUUUUAACAACAAGAAACAGACCUUUGAAUUCUAGCAAGAAAACAACCCAUUAUUUAGAAAACACAAAAAUUGUCUUUGUUUUAGUUUGUGAUGGCUUUUGGCUCUCUGUAGUCAUUGGUGAUGUAAUAUAUGUAACCACAAUGGCAUGGUUGCUGGCAAGAGAAACUGAAUUAAAAAACAACUAACAAUUAUUU